AUUUUAUUCCGUCCAUUGUUGAUCACGACGCUUGCAGCCAAAAAGGCCAAUUGGAGAGGAUCCCCAAAUCGAGAUAAUCUCCUUGGCGGUGUUGCUCUCGAUCCCAUACCAUUCUCGGGCCGCGAUUAGGGGAUCUGUGGACUCUUGAGUUCGGAUUAGGGCUCUCGUGAUGGGUUCCAAGGAUGAGAAGCCUUCGAGCAGUGGCUUCUUCUCCGCGAUCUCGUCGAGUGUGCGGAAUUGGGGCAGCGCAGUGCAUAAAUCUGUAAAUGGGCUACUGGGUUACGAAGGACUUGAAGUUAUCAAUCCUGAAGGAGGAACUGAUGAUGCUGAGGAAGAAGCCCAUCGAGGAAGAUGGAAGCAAGAGGAACGAGAUAGUUAUUGGAAGAUGAUGCAGAAAUACAUUGGAUCAGAUGUAACAUCAAUGGUCACUUUGCCCGUCAUCAUUUUUGAGCCAAUGACAAUGAUACAGAAAAUGGCUGAGUUGAUGGAGUACUCUCAUUUGUUAGAUCUGGCAGAUGAAUGUGAGGACCCCUACAUGCGUUUAGUUUAUUCCUCUUCUUGGGCAAUUUCUGUCUAUUAUGCCUAUCAAAGAACAUGGAAACCAUUUAAUCCUAUCCUUGGCGAGACCUAUGAAAUGGUUAAUCAUGGUGGUCUGACAUUCAUCUCUGAGCAGGUUAGCCAUCAUCCUCCAAUGGGCGCAGCACAUGCUGAGAAUGAACAUUUUACUUAUGACAUCACGUCAAAGUUGAAAACCAAAUUUCUAGGAAAUUCAUUGGAAAUUUAUCCAGUUGGAAGGACAAGGGUGAAGCUGAAGAAAGCUGGUGUGAUAUUAGACUUGGUGCCUCCUCCCACCAAGGUUAACAACCUCAUAUUUGGGCGCACCUGGGUUGAUUCAUUUGGGGAGAUGAUCAUGACAAAUUUGACUACUGGAGACAAAGUUGUUUUAUACUUCCAACCAUGUGGUUGGUUUGGUGCGGGGCGAUAUGAAGUGGAUGGUUAUGUUUAUAGUGCUGGAGAAGAACCAAAAAUAUUGAUGACUGGGAAAUGGAACGAGUCACUGAGUUGUCAACCUUGUGAUCAAGAAGGAGAGCCCUUGCCAGGGACUGAACUAAAAGAGAUAUGGAGAGUGGCUGCUGUCCCAGAAAAGGAUAAAUUCCAAUACACCUAUUUUGCACACGCAAUAAACAGCUUUGAGACCGCGCCUAAAAAGUUACUGGCUUCUGAUUCUCGGUUGCGACCCGAUCGAUAUGCUCUUGAGAAAGGGGAUUUGGCCAAGUCAGGUGCUGAAAAGACCAGUUUGGAAGAGCGGCAAAGAGCCGAGAAAAGAAUUCGAGAGGCCCGCGGCGAUCAAUUCACCCCGAGAUGGUUCAAUAUGACCAGCGAAGUCACGGCUACACCUUGGGGCGACUUGGAGGAGAUAUACGAAUACAAUGGAAAAUACACAGAACAUCGUGUGAGAAUCGAUAGCUCUGAUUCAGUCAAUGAGGUUGAUAACACCUCGAUCGAAUUCAACCCGUGGCAAUACAGCGACUCAGCCUCCCAAUAAGCAAGUAUUGUUUGCCCUACACUGCUUUACUUGGUUGCUAAGGAUGCAUUUGGCCCUCUUUUAGUUUGUAAGAUGUUUGAUGGCAUAUUAAAGUAAUUGUACUACAAAAAAACAAACAAAUGGAUCUUGGAUUGCCAAGGGAAUUGGUAGGGUUCCCUAUGUUACAUUUGGUUGUAUUAUUUUUCACAUGAUAUAAUUAUAUAUUUUUUCUUGCUUGUUUUAUUUA